UAUUGCUGAUAAAUUUUGAGCUUGGGCUUCAAACGGAAGUUUAAGCAUCUUUUUCAAAAUAUGAAAACUCUUCAGAUGUAAUUGUAUAAUUUUCUCAACUUCUCCAAAUUCUCGGAUCAAAACGGUUAUGUUCGCACAGGGAUGGAUAGGUCACGUCAUUGAAUAUCUGUUUAAACCGUCGUCUCAAUCCCCCGGAUAAAGAAAGAGCCACCCGCUCCGAAUGUCACUACCUUUCUUCUCCUCUCUCCUCGACUCCUCAAUUCACCCUUCCCAAGUCUUCCAAAUCCACGCUCUCAUUCUCACCUCUGGGCUCUUCAACUCCCACUCUCUCACCUCAAAACUCCUUCAAUCUUCCUCUAAGUUCAACCAACUCCAGCAUGCUCGCCAACUGUUCGACCAAAUUCCCCAACCAAACAUCUUCGUCUAUAACUCAAUCAUCAAACUUCAUUCCAAUCACAACCUCUUCUACCACACCCUCCAAUAUUACUCCCAAAUGAUAAGAACAAAUAUGGGCUUUGACAGGUUCACUCUCCCGCCUAUUCUCAAGGCAUGCACAGGGCUUUCGAGCCUCAAUUUUGGUCGUUCCGUCCAUGCCCUUAUCGUGCGUUUUGGUUUUGAAUCAGAUACUUUUGUUCAGAAUGGGCUAAUAUGGAUGUAUGCAAAGUGUGGUGAAAUUAAACUUGCUACUGAUGUGUUUCAUGAGUUGAAGAGUAGGAAUGUGGUUUCUUGGACUUCAAUUAUAACGGGUCUAACUCAAAACAGGUACCCGUUAGAAGCACUCCGCAUUUUUCAGGCUAUGAGGGUUUCAUCGGAUGUUAGACCCGAUUUCAUUUCAUUAGUUACUGUGUUGAAGGCAUAUACUGAUGUUGAUGACUUAGGGCAUGGGAGCUCUGUUCAUGGAUUGAUAGUGAAAUUGGGGUUGGAUGAUGAAAUGGAUUUGGUUAUUACUCUUUCUGCUAUGUAUGCUAAGUGUGGCCAAGUGCUUGUUGCUAGGUUGUUGUUUGAUACAAUGCAGAAUCCCGAUGUGAUUCUUUGGAAUGCCAUGAUUUCUGGGUAUGCAAAAAAUGGAUUUGCCACCGAGGCGGUGGACUUGUUUAAAGAAAUGGUUGCAAGAAAUAUCAUACCCGAUUCAAUUACAAUAAGAUCGGCAACCAUGGCCUGUGCUCAAAUAGGCUCACUUGAAGUUGGAAAAUGGAUGGAGAACUAUACUUGCAAAAGUGAGUAUAAAGAUGACAUCUUUGUUAAGACAACUAUCAUUGAUAUGUAUGCUAAGUGUGGUAGCCUAAGCAACGCUCAUCGAGUUUUUGAAACUAUUAGAGAUAAAGAUGUGGUUGCUUGGAGUGCUAUGGUUGUCGGUUAUGGAUUACAUGGCCAUGGAAAGGAAGCAAUUAGAUUGUUCAAUGAGAUGAUAACUGUAGGAAUCAAGCCAAAUGAUGUCACAUUUGUGGGUAUUUUGUCGGCAUGCAAUCAUGCUGGGCUAGUUGCUGAGGGCUGGAAAUAUUUUGAUUCAAUGAAAGAGUAUGGAAUUGAGGCAAGACAUCAACAUUAUGCUUGUGUUGUGGACCUUCUUGCUCGAGCUGGUCAUCUGGAAAGUGUAUGGGGGGCAUUGUUAAAUGCCUGUAGGAUCCAUAACCAUGUUGAGUUCGGGGAAUUGGCUGCAGAACAAAUUUUUGAUCUUGACCCGUUGAAUGCUGGUCACUAUGUUCAGCUUUCUAAUAUAUAUGCUUCUACUGGAAUGUGGAGUGGUGUGGCAAGAGUCCGGGUACUAAUGGAGGAGAGAGGAGUGGCAAAGGAAAUUGGAAAUAGCUUUAUUGAGAUCAAUGGGAAACUUCAGUCAUUUCGAGUUGAAGACUUGUCCCAUCCGAGGUCACGGGAAAUAUUCUUUGUGGUUGAUGAAUUAGAGAGGAGGAUGAAUGAAUCUGAGUUUGCUCCGCAUAUUGAUUUAUAUUGCGCAUAUUGAAUGAGGGGAAUGAAGGAAUGCUUUUCAAUAACCAUAAUUCUAGAACACCAAUUUGCUACCAAUAUAUCAGAUGGAGAGAAAGGAGGUACUGGUCAGAGAUGUCACUCACCUCCGUCACUUUGUCGGAGUAAAAGUAUAACUCUCAACUCUUAUCAUAACUCACAAAGUUUUGGUGUAGUGGAGGACCUUUAACAUGAUAUCAUAGCAACCCGGGUUCAAAUCCCACUAGCCAUGUAUUUAAUGAUGAUUAAAAUUAAGAGAUGUUGCUGCGUGAUUCUAGAUUUUUGCCCAUGGAAAGAGCGCUUAACUAUAAUCCUUAACCCGCGCCGUGACUCUCAGAGUUAUGGUGUAGUAGAAGGUAUCUUUAACAACCUUAAAGCUGAGUUUUUGUUGAAAUAAUUUCUGAAGCUCUCUGCCAUAUUCUUCAGAUUUUGUGGCUUCAUCUCUUUUUAAAGAACAUCAAUGUUUUCAUGGUUAACCAUUUUAAUGCUGACCACAAGAGAAGGA